AUGUUUGCAAGUGGAGCUUUGCAUUGGUUGGCGAUCGAUAGUCCAAUUAGUGGCUCCCACAUUAUUGUUGGUUUUGAUCUCGGGCUUGAACAGUUCAAAGAGCUCCCUUCUCCUGUUCUUGAGGGCCCUAUUAAUACCAGGUGUGUGGUUUCUGUUGGAAGUUCCCUUUGGAUUCUUGAUGAGUACCCUGAUUCUCAUAGAGAUAUGUGGGUGAUGCUGGAUAGUUCAGGGGAGGGAAUUUCUUGGUCCAAAAUACUCUCUAAACGCAGUGCACUUACAUAUUUAAGGUCUGUUAGACCUGUUUAUAUUUCAAUGAGUGACCAGGGUAUACUCUUCGAGGUGGACAGCUCACGACUUGUGUGGUAUGACCUUGAAAGGAAAAUGUUGAAGAAUGUGAGGAUUCGCGGGCCCGCGGAUAAGUUUGAUUCACAUGUGUACUUUCAGAGUCUCAUACAGCUCAACAAGGAUAGUCCACCACUGAAGCCCUCUCAAGAAAAGCCACAUAAGGAACAUCAAAAGAGAAGGUAG